CCAAUGUCAGCACAGACAUUGGAAAAAGCUAAAUGUUUGUCUGCUGGUACUGGAAUGAGAGGUUACCCCAGUCUCACAGUUCAUAGAAUUAGGGCAGAAAGUGGAAAAUCUGAGUAAUUGCCACACCCAUGUGACAACACAACACAACACAAGAAUAUGGAGACUGACGUGUUUCUAGCUGGUCGCAGUAGAAGUAUUAAGCAGCACCUUUAUCUCUUCUCCAGGGCUGUGCGUGUGUCUGUGACAGACUCCAUGGCCUUGCCCUGGGGCCUCGCUGUGGAUGGCUCAUUUGUUCUCUUAUCUCUUUGCUCACUGAGCCUCGGCCUUCACUCUGGGUACAUAUAGCUUGAGCUGAGCAGGUUCCAGUAGAAAGAACACUUCCUCGCCAAACUACAGAGUGACAGAGCUUCCCAUCGGAAACGAGAAGACAACAGCAAAGACAAUGCUCCCGGCCACUUUUAAACUCUGUGCAGGCAUCUCUUACAGACAUCUUAGAAACAUGACUGGUCUGCAGAAGACAGCAGUAGUUGCCAUUAACCACGAGUUGAAGAGGUUUGCUGGUCCCGGACCCAGUAACUGGAUUAGCCAGGUCCGCAGGAAGAGCUCCUUAUUAAGCUCUAGGAUUGAAGAGAAGCCCUACAGUGAGGUGGAAAUGUCCUACGUGAAGCAAGGAGAGGAGGCUCUUCAGAAGUCAAUCAGCAUCCUCAGUGAUCAGGACAACUGGAAGACUGAGAUUGUGGCUGCCAAUGGAGACAAGGUGCUGAGUAAGGUGCUCCCGGACAUCGGCAAGGUGUUCAAGCUAGAGGUGGUCCUGGACCAGUACCCUGACCGCCUGUAUGGGGAGCUGGUGGACAACAUGGAGCAGAUGGGAGACUGGAACCCCAACGUCAAGCAAGUCAAGAUCCUCCAGAGGAUUGGGCAGGAAACCAUGGUGACUCACGAGAUGGCAGCCGAGACCGCAGGCAACAUUGUGGGGCCCCGAGACUUUGUGAGCGUGCGCUGUGCCAAGAGGCGUGGCUCCACCUGCUUCCUUGCUGGCAUGUCCACCCGAUACACUGGCAUGCCCGAGCAAAAAGGCUUCAUCAGAGCGGAGAACGGCCCCACAUGUAUUGUUCUUCGGCCCAAUGCUGAGGACCCAACCAAGACAAAGUUCACCUGGCUUCUCAGCAUAGACCUGAAGGGUUGGCUUCCGAAAACCAUCAUUAACCAGGUCCUGUCCCAAACCCAAAUGGACUUCGCCCAGCACCUGCGUGACCGCAUGGAGACCAUAGCUCUACCCUGCUGACCCCUCAGACCAGCCCAACAGCGCACUGCAUGCAUACUGUACACACAGCAGCCUCUAUAGAAGUAGACACAGUCGCAAUUGCCAAUGCAGGAGUGGGUGGACUUUUUCUUAACCGGAUUGAACAAGCACAUAAUUUGUUUUCACCUUUAUUCCAUUUGUUUUACAAAAUUGUAGUUAAAAGAAAAAUACUGUAGAUGUGUGUGGAUAUUGAAAUGUACUACAGGAUGCACACAUAUUUGUGAUAAAGUAGCCUAACUCAUUUUUAUUUGAUGUGUGUAUUCCAAUUUUUCUCUCCAUGUGGGCCUAACAGUAGGAUGUAGUUAUUAUGGACGAGUAUGACAAUUGAUAGCCAUUUAAGAGCUUGUUCAAUUAGAAAAAUGUUGCACUUUUGCAUGAACUUUAAUAGGCCUUCGUAUCUCUUGCUGAGAGUGACGAAGAAACUUGGCUACACGAAACAGUGCUAUAAAAUUACUGACUUUUUAAAAAAAUCCAUCAGAUUUCCAAAAGCCUAGACACUAAACACCUUCCCCAGCUACAGUGACAGCAGGCGCUACGGCGCGGGGUAGAAUCCCAGGCUCUGCUGUAGGUAAUGAAGCAAAUGCCUUUAUUGUAAAGUAGCCAAUUAUUUAUUAACUUGCAAUUAUAUUAAUUUACAGAUAUGCUGUAUAUGUUGUUAUUUAUUGUAUCUAUUUAAUUAUGUAUGAAUGGAAAACUGUACAUUGGGGAAGGUAUGUUUUAAAGGGAUUGGAAUUGACCUGAAUUGAAAAUACUUGCCUGUUGGGGGUAGAGCUGUGGAUUUUAAAGUGCAGCCAGGACCCUGUCUCCAUCUUCACGUUAUUUAACCUUAAAGCACAUUUCCCUUUCUUUUAUGGUGUUGCAAUUGUUCUUUUUACUAUUGCUCCAAUUGAGUUAUUUUCUCUAGAUUUGCCUUUGAGCUAGAGAUGGCACAUUGAAAUGGAAUGAGGAUGGCAGUUCAGGGCUGGCACUUGGAUCAAGCUCAAAGUAGGUUCAAAGCCAAGUAAAAGCAGAUGGUUAGAGAAAAAUGCGAACUCAAUGUUGUAUAUUUUUAACAUAUUGGGAAUGUUUGUAACCCAGGUUUAGAAACUAACAAUAACCUUCUGAAACUUACUAGUCCUUCUGUGAAGUGCCUACGUUGGAAUCAACAACAACAGUUGGGGUCUCUAAAAAAAAAUAGGCGUAGUUUUAUUUUCCGAAAAAAUAAACAGCGUUGUAAAUUUU